GCCAUUGUGACACGCGGGGCUGGGAGCAGAGCAAAGGCUGCUGGGCUGGGGCCGUGCUCAGUGCGGCCUGGUGAGGCGUGGAGAGAGCAGCGACUCUCUUGUUUCUCGCCAUCGAUGCCGAACAUGUCUGGAAGGAAGAAGGAGGCCCCCAAGUCUGGGAAGCCAGUGUGCAUGCUGUGCCGCAGGGCACGGGUCGACCCGGACAUCUGCGGGCAGACAUCUGCCGAUGGUGGGCUCUGUGCCCACCGCUUCUGCUUGUUCUUUGCCAACGGCCUUUUGAAAUGGAAACGCCCUACGGGGGGAAUUUUUGGCUUCCCCCCGGAUGCCAUCCAGCACACAAUCCAGCUGGCAGACCAGAAGCGCUGCUUUGUCUGUCGUGGGAAGGGAGCUGCCAUCAGCUGCGCAGAGACAGGCUGUGAGCGCAGCUUCCAUCUGCCCUGCGCCGAGAAGGGGGAAUGCGUCACGCAGUACUUUGGGCAGCACAGGUCCUUCUGCUGUGAGCAUCGCCCUCGGCAGGCAGCGGAGGCAGCUCCAUCUCACAACACUCUCUGCGUCAUCUGCCUGGAGCCCGUGGGGGACAGCACGUCCUACCACACCAUGGUGUGCCCGACGUGCAAACAGGCCUGGUUCCACCGGGGCUGCAUCAGGAAACAGGCCAUGCAUGCUGCCACCAUGCUCUUCGUCUGCCCUGUCUGCAGAGGAAAAGCGCGAUUCCGUGCCAAAAUGGCUAAGCUGGGGAUCCAAAUUCCAGUCAGACGACCAUCUUGGUGGGAUGAUGAAGCGUACCAGGCGCUGCGAGAAAGGCACAGGCGCUGUGACGUCAGCAUCUGCUAUUACCGAAGAGGCAGGGAGGAGGCAGAGGAACAGGGGCUCUGGCAGCUGCUCCUCUGCCGCUCCUGUGCCGCAAAUGGCACGCACUGGUACUGCUCCUACUGGUACAGCAGAGGAGGCACCUGGGAGUGCGAUACCUGUGCUGGUGAGGCCAUUGCGUCCCGCCGCAACUACGACCUCGGCAUCCCCAGCACUUCCAGCCAGAUGGCACCGGGGCCAUCCCCGGCAGCUGCACCCAGAAAGCAUCCCAGGCAGCGGGGGACUGGCCGCACAAGAAGCCGUUCCCCAUUGCAAGGUCGGGCCUCAGGCUCCCAGAGUCGGCCCCGAAGAUGCCGUGGCACCAGCCGUACAACAGCCCGAGGUGCUCAGAGCAGCACUCGCACCUCGGCCAGACCAGCACCACCGAGGUCCUCGAGGGCUUCCCCUCUGCCUGCACGCAGGAGGCAAUCCAGGCAGCGAGGGCGGGCCCACACUCGAAGCCGAUCCCCAGUGGGGCGUCGCGCUUCGACUUCCCGCAGCCGGCCCCGAGGAGGCCGUGGGAGCCGGUCCAGGCAGCGGGGACCGGCCCGGGCACCAAGCCGCUCCCGGGCCCAACAUCGCAGAAGACGUCCCCGCAGCCGGUCCCAAAGGCGGCGCUGAAGCAGCCACCCUGUUCCAUCCCCACGUGACGGUUGUGCUUCCAAGCGGCAAAGAAAAUAAACCGUGAAGAGAGUCCACACAUAUUGGCUUCAUUCUUCAGUGGACCAGCCCGGGCACAAAGCCUCUCUCAGGUGCAGCAACAGAGAAGACGUCCCCAUAGCCACCAGCAUCAGAGAAGACGUCCCCACAGCCAGUCCCAAAGACGGUGCAGAAGCGGCCGUGUCCCAUCCCCACGUGAUGGCUGUGGUUCCAAGCAGCUAAGAAAAUAAACCUUCAACAUACUCCACAUGUGUUGGCUUCAUUCUUCUCUGCUUGUCCUGCGGUGGGCACUGUUAGGGGCUGAGACCGCAGCGUUGUCUUCUCCCCAGCACCUUCCCAGGUGGAGUUAUCUUUAGAUUUAUCUGUGCCUGUGACAGAGGGCUGCGAGCCCACAGGCCCACCAGUCCGAACAAAAGGGGCUACAGAGGGGUGCCAACAGUUUACAGCCCAGUUCAGCCAGCUGCUGUGAUAUAACGGGGGCAGGGACCCACAGACACCCACACCCCGGGAAAGGGGAAAGGAGAAAACUGGGGAAGGGCACGGAGACGGGAGACAGGCCUGAAACCAAAACAGUGGCAAUGAUGUGAGGAGGAAAGACGGUUUCCCAGAUCAUAGAAUCACAGAAUCAUAGAAUCACAAGGUUGGAAGGGACCUGCAAGAUCAGCUAGUCCAAUCGUCCUCCCAUUACCCUUGCUACCACAAGCCACUAAACCAUAUCUCGUAGCUCCUCCUCCAGGAUGAGGACAGGAGAACAGACUGAAACAGAAAAGGACACAGCUAAGAUGUUAGCAGAAAUACAGGAGUGCUGUAGAAACGCUUACUUACUGAGCAUCUGUCAGCAGUGUCAGUGAUUUUCCCUUGGCCAUGUGCCAAACACUUAAAAUUUUCUUCAUUCCUACACUACUUGCCAUGUAAACUGAGGUCAUAUGCUAGUUUCUAUGGCGCUAUUCUGUGUUCAUUUCACUCCUCUUGCUAUCGAUCCUUGAAAUAAUGCUCUAGGUGUGGGUGAGAGGAGUGGGUUACAUCCCACUGUUCCAACGGAACAAGUGCAAGACCUCCUCAUGAAGCUGAAUGCAUGAAAGUGAGCCCGUGGGGCCAGAUGAUAUCCAUCCUAGGGCUCUGAGAGAGAGGGCUGAUGUGGUUGCCGAGCCGCCCUCCAUCGUCUUGGACAAACCAUGGCUGUUGGGUGAAAUCCCCAAUGACUGGAAAAAGGGAGACGUUACUCCCAUUUUUAAGAAAGGGAGAAAGGAUGACUCAGGGAACUACGGGCUGGUGAGCCU